AGUGCGUAUUGCCAGACAAUUAUUGUCUUGUUUUGCUGUUGUAUGUUACUUAUAGCAGUAUUCAUUGAUGUUUGAAGUAAACUUCACCUUGUGCAUCAUUACCUUUCCUUUAUCAGUGAAAUUGUUAGAAGUUGAGACAGGAAAAUACUAUUUUCAGUCCAGAAAUAUGAUGGAUAAAUUAACUUCUACUGUAACUUCUCAAUUAGAGAUAAAGUGUUUAAUGUUAGAGCAGAACAUAGACAAUCAUUGUAUUGGGCAUUGUAUCACAGUUUGACUUAUAAUAUUAUUCGAUUUGUGCAAUGUGCAUGUCACUAACAUUUACCUUCAUAUAUGUGGAUAGAUAUGAUUCAGUAGAUAAUAUCAUCUUCAUAUUUUGCUAAUUAUCAUCAAGUUUAGUGUUGGUUUGGUAUAGUUAUAUAAAUCUUUGAAUAAAAUUUAAGACGAUGUAUACAAUAAAAGUUGAAUUGUAAGCAUUCAAAAUAAUAAAAAAACUACAUAGAAGAUGGAUGCAAGAGAGUAUCAGGAAUUCAUCCAACAACAGCGAGAUGAACAUCUGAACAUAUUAGAGUUUGUAAGUGUCAUACAAGAAAAAGAAAUACAAAACGCAGGGGUAUAUUUCAAACAAAAACCUGUCAUUAAUAAAGAAAAGCAAGUCUGUAGUGGUCCUGGCAUUCUUCACCAACUUAACUCUCCGAUUGAAUCAGAAGAUCCCUUCUCAGCAAGCUUUGAUGAGAUAUUGGAUAUUGAGGAGAAGUCUAUUUUAUCUUCACCUGGCUUUUUGAAUUCUGUAUCUUCAACUGAUAUGCUACAUGAUGAUAUAUUUGAAGAUUUUUUAUCUGCCAACAACAGUUAUUUAGAUGAGCCACAACUGGAGCGAGGGAAGAACGACCGGAAUGAGUUAACUGCAGAUUUGUCACCCGAAGAAAAAAAUGAAAAACUCGAUAAAAUAGAACUCAAGAACUCAACAUCCGUUUCAGAACCUGGUGGAAGUAUACCCGACUCCGGUUCUCAGCAGUUAUAUGAGUCAAGUAGUGAUAACUUAAGUGCUAAUGAGGGAGACUACACAUUAGAGUCUUCUUCUUCCUUUAUAGAUGAUAAAAAUCUUGAUGUAUUCAAUGCUGGGAAUUCUGCUGCUGGAGUCGUAACAUGCAAUGAAGAAAUUGAUGAUAGAUUUUUAAAUGAAGUUUCCAGUGAAUAUAAAACAGUUGUGAAAAGUGAUAAUUCAGUGUUUGUGCCAGCAAACCAAACAGGUCUGCAAUCUAAAUUAUGGGAUGAAGAAAAAAAGAAUCAAAUUUGUGACGACUUGAAGGAUCAAGCAGUUGAUUCUUCUGAAAAUAUAUCUAAUAUUCAACUGGUUCCGCAGAGUCAAGACGGAAAAACAAAAUCUUCAGAUAUUUUAAGAGAAAAUGGGCUUCACAAAGUUUCAGAUUGUCUUACUGAUGAGAGAGUGCCUCCAGAAGACAUUACAACAUCGAUUUCAGACUUGCUAAGUAGUUCAAAUGACAACAAUGCAUGUGACAACGAAGAGAAUAUUUCAUCUGAUCAAGUUAAAGAACACCCAAACACUGGCCCAAUUAAAUCAAAUGACAACACAGCAUUUGUACAGUCAACAUCUACCAUCAAUGGUCAACAAGAACUUGUGCAAUCUGGAUCAGAGGUUAUGGACAGAACUAUCAAUAGUCAAGAAAAUCGUGAUAAAUUUCCUGAGAUUGAUGAAGAUGUUAUGUACAAUACAAAGGACAAUGAAGAAAUAAAUAAUGAAGUAAUAUCGAAUUCAAUUGUUCUAACAACAGAUUGCUUUGAACUAGCCAGUCUAAAAGAUGAUGUAAAAACAAGCAACGAUUCAAAAAAGAUGGACAAAAACAUUUCUGAUACUAUUAAUGAGUCAGUUAAAGAAGACUAUGAUUUAGAGAUAACGGAAAGGCAAGCUACAACAACUGAACAUGCGCUGGCAAAGAAUGUUAGAAAAGAGUCAAGUACAUCUAUGAAAAGUGCAAGAGAAAUUUUUUUUCAGUCAAUGAACUUGAACAGUGCCAAUUCUGAUACCAAAUCUGAUGUACCUGCAGAUAAUUGCCUGCCACAAAGUGAAAUUUUAACUAAAAAUGAUAUAAAAAUUGAAACGGGGAAAUUCGUUGCAACAGACGACUCUAGUGUUGUCACUGAUCUGCAUGAGAGCACUGGAGUAACUGAAGGAGUUCAGUCAAUGAACUUGAACAGUGGCCAUUCUGAUACCAAAACGCAUGUACCUGCAGAUAAUUGCCUGGCACAAAGUGAAAUUUUAAUUGAAAAUGAUAUAAAAAUUGAAACGGUGAAAUCUGUCGCAACAGACGACUCUAGUGUUGUCACUGAUCUGCAUGAGAGCACUGGAGUAACUGAAGUGCCUACUUCACAAAGCCAUUACAAGUAUGACCAAGAGUUACCCUCGAGCCCUGAUAUUCUACAUGCUGUAAGCUCAAGAAUAGACUCAAAAAUUGAGUCUGCAUCAACUGUAAAUUCUGAGAUUUCAAAAAAUAAAGAUGAGUCCAGAUCUGAAGAUAGAUUGGAAAAUAAAAAUCCAUCAAAGGUGUCUCAUCAAUCAGUUACAGAUGAAAAAUUACAUCAAUUAACAAAAUGGUCUAUUGAGAAAAAAAAGUUCAGUGUACAAGACAAUUUUAAACAAAAGCGAGCCCUAUUUGAAGAGGGCAUUGAGAAACAACAACCUGAAAGAGGAAAAUUGAGUCAACCUUCUGGGAAGGCUUCCAAUUCUAAAUACAUGAGCACUAUUUCCAAUUUCAAAUUGACCGGAGGUCAUCGAAGUGUUAGAUCACCAACUACAAGACAAGGAUAUGGUCUAUCUGGUGAUAGACAAAUUACAGAAAGAAAGAUACAAUCAACAGCCAGCAAAGAAAAUAUUCAAAGUAAAUCGAUAUCUAGUCAUGAAUUGCCCCCACCUGUUCCGCUAAUGCCAAUUAACUAUGAUGCAGAUCAAUCCAUGUCAUAUAAAGAAACAGCUCUAUUCGACUCAGACAAAAAAUUUCAAUGCAGCAGUGUAAUUUUCAAUAUUAUGGAAAAAAAAACAAUGCAAACGUCGACUUUUGAAAUGAGAAGGGAAAAAGAGUUAGACGAUAUUUUGCAUGAUUUACAAGAUACAGUAAAUAAAAUGGAAAGAGAUUGUUUUGAUGACAAUUCGAAUAUGAAGACUGAUCUUCAAUAUAAAAACUACAAGGAAUCUAAUAACAAUUACAUAUUGCAGACAAAUAAUUCUGUAGAUAAACCUGGAGAAGAAGAUUUUGUUUGCCCUCCUUUGCCACCUCCACCAUCUGAAGAAGACUUAGCAUCCUAUUCAGUCGAAUCUCCUCCACCUGACAAUAGUGAUUCUCCCACAUCAUUGAUACCUCCGGCCUACAAAGCAUCAUCUAAUUUUCGUGUUUGGACUUCAGGUAACAAUAGUAAGACAAAUGGUGUCACAAAAGAAGACAAGUCAGAUUUAUUAAAGAACUCUGCACUAACUGGUUUUAGAAGUGUUGCAAGACCAGUAUCAAAAAAUUCUAUUUCAAACACGUAUUCUACUCCUUGUUUAUCUUCUUCUUUACUUCUUCUGAAUGCUAACUGUAAUAACAACAAUAUUCACAACAUCAACGGAUUAAUUCCUACAUGCUUGGAUUCAUCUUACGAAAGUUUGAAAAACAUGCCACGGAAUGACAACAACAGUGGGUUGGUCCACAAAACAACUGUGAAUAUAACUCUAGCAAAUCACAAUGAUGGUUCUGUAAAUAAAACGACCUCAGAUUCAAAGAAAUUGAAUACCAUUCCGAACACUAUGAAGUCUGAUUUGAAUCACAAAACAAAACAGCAUUGUAGGAUGCAAAAUGAGUUAUUGAACACUUCACAAUCAAGGACAAUAUCUCCUAUCAAUGGUCGUCAAGUUACACUUCUACGGGAUACUCGGCACAUCUUGAUUAAAUCUGGACAAGGCCCAGGAAAAUCUACAACCACAACUCAAUACACUUUACCAAAUAAAGAAUUUCCACAGACAUCAGAAAAUGUUAGAGUUACAUCAGAAAAAGAUUUACCAGAAGGUGCUGUGUAUGAAACCCAAACUAUCGAAGGAAAUAUGCUUCACACUGACACUUACUAUCCUGCACCAGGAGGAGAAAAAGUAUUAGAGAGAACUAAAAAAACAACAAUAAUAAGGGCUGAGCAUCAUGGUGGAAUAGGGCCCACUGAUGAGCAAGGAUUGCCUGUAGCAUUGAGAAGUACUGUAGAGAAUCAAAAAGCAUGGUAUAAAAAUAUGUUCAAGCAGAUUCAUAAGUUUGAAAAUGAAGAUAGUGAACAACGACAUAAUGAUGCGGAUCCACAUGAUGUCCAAGAUGAAAGGCCUGUUGUUUCCCAAGCUCCUACUUAUAAACCAAAAAAGUUGGGUCGCAUAACGGAUUAUGCACCCUCAGAUCCAUAUAUUGUAGAAAACAAGCCUAAAAAGAGCAAUAGUGAUUUUUCAAUAUGGCGUAAGACAGAAUUAAAAUCUUCAAAUAAAACACCCUCAUUAGUUCAAAAAAAUGGCAAUGAAAAUACACUCAGCUUUAAGCGAAGUUCGAGUUUGGAGGAUUUUAUUCAGCAAGAAUGGGAUAAUUAUUUUGAUGAUAUCUUCAAACCUAGUGCGCCCAAGCAAUUCUGGCACACUGAAAAUAUGCAGGCAGAAAAGAUUCCACCAGCGUCAACAAGUCACAAGCCUCAUUGGCAAGAUAAAUCAGAAAAGAAAUCGCAAAGUGUGGAAUUGGUUCAUGGAACAGACUACAGUUUGAAAGACAACUUCACUAUGGCUGAUCAUGUUGUAAUGGAACCAAAGCAUGUUGUGACAAUGCACCCUGUAAAGCAACAAAAGGAAGAAGAAAUGUCACAGAAAAAGCGUCAACCGGCAAAAGCCAAGUUCAACUUUGUUGCACAAACAAAUAAACAAAUGACGUUAACAAAAGAUCAAAUUGUAAUCAUUACUCGUGAUGUGAAUAAAGAUUGGUACGAGGGUCAAACUCCUGAUGGAAAACAUUCUGGGAUGUUUCCAGUUUCGUAUGUUGAGAUAUUGAAUCCUGCUGCUGCAAAACCACUUCGACGAGGUCGUGCCCGAGCAAAAUUUGAUUUUAAAGCAAUGGACCCAAAACAAUUGCCAUUGAAAAAGGGAGAUAUUGUUGAGUUAAUAGAGAAGGUUGAUGCAAACUGGUACAAAGGUUGCAUUGGUCAAAAAUCUGGAAUACUUCCAUCGAAUUAUCUAGAGGUUGAGCGAGAACCAGAACAAAAACCGAAAGCUGCUGGCAGCAAUAAAACUAAUCAGUCAUCAAUAAGCACUAAACCCCAGAAAUCAGCAGCAUACAACCAUAAUGCAACUAUGUCAAGUAGUAGUUCUAAUAGUGGUGAGCCAGAUGACAAAGAAAAAAUGUCAAAGGCAUCCUUCCUUGCUAAUGCUGUUGUAAAAAGUAGAGUUGGCUUGAAUAAACCGCAUGAAAGAAGAGGAGAAUUUGAUAUUCCUGAACUUGAUGAUGAAGCCAUGGGAAUAUCACACGGUGUAAAUGGCAAGCAUACAUCGCAAGAUUCAUAUGAUACAACAAUAUCGACAACAUCAAGUAGUUUGCAUAGUGACUUAGGUCAGAAUCUUCAAAUAGGUAGCAAACCAGCUGAUGUGACUUCGAACAUAUCAUCUUCAUCAUCUCACAACGAAUCACCGAAAAUUGAAGAAUCAUCCGCACAGAAAGAUGUAAAUGAAAUUCUUGAUGAUGGUUUUCCAACUCAAGAGAAGCAUGUUGCGUUGUAUCCUUAUAUUCCACAGAAUGAGGAUGAACUUGAACUCAAGGGAGGAGAUAUUGUGCAAGUUGUUGAGAAAUGUGAUGAUGGAUGGUUCGUCGGAACAUGCGAGCGCACUGGUGCGUUUGGAACUUUCCCUGGAAAUUAUGUUUAUGCUGUAGAGUAAAAAUAGCAGUGAUUCUUUGAUUUAUUUUCUUUAUUCGUCCUCAUUCUGCCUACAUACAUAUCUUGCAAUGUAAAUUACAAUAACAGUUUGUGAUGCCGCCAGUACUAAAUACCAAAGUCGGACAUAUCUAUUUAAAUAAAGUAAGCAAGUAAAUACAUUUCACAGUUUUUGUUAUGACUAACAAUUAGAAAAAUUUACUACAAAGUUAAUACUGUAGCCCUCUAACAUGAUCGAUUGCUGAAGAUGCUAUAUACCAAAUGUUUUGCAGCCUGUCCUUCUUUCCAUUAUUUUUGCAUCAGAAUAGGCUUUAUUCUAUAAGUAAAUUAAUAUAAUUUUGCAUCCAACUAGUAUUGAACAUAAUAAUUGUCUAAAGUCUAAUAAUAUAAGGCACAACAAGUUUUGGAAAUCGUCAUUUGAAUAUCCUAAACACAAUUAAAACACUCAACCUCGUUCUAAAUAUUCAUACAUGUGAUGGAAUUCAUGGAAAUGUUAUUUUGAGUCUCUGCAAAUUCAUAUAAAAACAUUCAUAUGGGCUUUACUCUGUCUCUGCUCAUUUUCAACAUGCAACAGUCGGAGUUGAAAACAAAAAAAUAUCAAAAAAAUAUAUAUUGAAAAUAUUUUUUAUGUACGUUUUCCAAUGAACAAUUAAUAUUUGAUACUAAUCAAAUGAUUGUGUUUAGUGUUGGAAUAAAAAUUCCCUACCUAAUCAAAAUCUGUAGUUUUCAUACAAUUAUUUGCUAUCUGUAAUUAAUUCUGAUGGUAUUCGUAUUUUGAUUUGUUCACAUAUGUCCCCGUGUCACUAAACUGAGAAAUGUAACCUGAAGUUUUGCAUUUUUGCUGCUUGUUUUGAUUUGUGGGUAGUCAAGUAUAAGACUUUGAUGAAAGACUUCAUUCAUACAAAAUUUUUCAGCUAAUUGAUUAUGGAAUCAGCAAUAUCAUUUUUUCUAGCGUAGUGAUGUGUUGGUAUUUUUCAAUAGAAUGGUAUUGUCUUACGGAGAGAAUUUGACUUUUAAUGAAGGAUCAGUCGAUGUAUAUGGAUGGUGUAUGUGUAUUUGGAACUUGUUUCUACUAGUAAAUAUUGUACAGGCGUUGAAUGUGUCAGCUUGUUCACUGCUGUUGUUUUAUGAUUUUUUUCUUAAUUUGCACUUUCUAUAAAUAUAUAAACAAUCGUGAUUUUCUGGUAUUCUUUUUCUUCUUCUAACUUUCACUCAAUGUAUCAUAAAAUUAAUUUGUAUUGUUUAAUUAAUUGUCAUUAGUAAAUCAUUGGUGAGAUAUUUACUGCAUGCAAUUCACUACUAUAUUAUUAUUAAACAUUGUUGCUUUUGUCUUCUAUCUA